GCAUUCAUGAUAUGCGGCUCAUUCUUCGCUCUAGCGUAUCAUGUCAAAGUGGUUGACCUUUUCUAUCUAUAGUCCGAAUAUCUCCGACCCCAAGCUCGACUUGCGUUGAGGUCUCAUCUGUCUCGUAGGGCUUCCGCUUCAGCUCAUCCACGUCAUGAAUUAUUCAAGCGGCUGCAUAGACAAGUAGCUUUUGAUCUAGUUCGCAUCUAGCGAGCCUUGGUUGGUCUGGCCUUGCAUCUGUGGUGUUAUCGGCAUCAUCAGGAAGUCAAUGUUACGUCCAAAUACGAGCCCUAGAGAAUCUUGUUUGGGAAAAAGCUAUCGUGGAGCCUGUCAGCAAGCUUUACAAGAGACAAAUGGCAUUCUCUCUACCAGCUUACUGUCUUUUGGCUUGCGAAAGGGCGCACUUCCAUUCUCCUCCGACUCGGAGUCGACUCGAAAGUACGGUAUUGAUAUGCUAUUAUCGCGUAGUGUUAGGGGAGCGUGGGGGCCUUCAUAUAUCAAUCCUGUCUUUGAGGGACUGCUUGCGAGGUUCCCCGGCCUCCUGGUCGGGAAGCCUAUCAAUAUCCAUUUUGGGGACGAAGCGGAUAAUGCGCUGGCCCAUUCGAUGGAGGGUCUCCGGGUGAUGGAGUCCAAGAAGCAGCAGGGGGACCCAGAGGAGGCGGCGGCCUUGAACUUGAUUCCUGGACUCGAGGACGUAGCAGAUUCGUUUGUGGAUCUGCAAAUCGAACCUGUGGUGCAGACAGCUGCGGCAGGGAUAGUCCUCAUCUUUGAGGAAUGAGAGUCUUGGAAUGAUGAUGGUGAUGAUUUGGUGGUGUAUGGAGGAUGCAAUGGUUCUAGCUUUAUAUAGCAAGGUUACUACGUGUUGCCGCGUAGUGGCUGGUGCUCUGGGGUAAGAGUACUUAGGUUCACGAUUAUUCGAACAUGUACUCUUCA